AGGUCACUGAUGAGAAAAGGAAAGGACUCAUUUGUUCCUGACAUUCACAGAGAAACAACCAGCGGAUUAAAGUGGAAGGAAGACAGAAGUAUUUACCAUGGUCUCCAUCACAGAGUUCCAGAAGAUUGGUGUUGGGCUGAUGGGAUUUGGUUUAUUCUUCCUGCUCUUUGGGGUGCUGCUGUAUUUUGACUCUGUCUUGCUGGCCUUCGGGAAUAUUCUGUUUCUGACUGGUUUGACGUUCAUCAUUGGCAUCAGGAGGACAGCCCACUUCUUCUUCCAAAGACACAAGUUUAGGGGAUCUUUGUUCUUCUUGGGAGGCAUUUCUCUGGUGCUGUGCCGUUGGCCAAUCAUUGGAAUGCUGGUGGAGAUUUAUGGCUUUGUGCUUUUAUUCAGGUCCUUCUUCCCCAUGGCCUUGGGGUUUGUGCUGUCAGCUGUGAAAAUCCCUUUCCUCGAUGCAUUCUUCCCCAGCAGCUCCUCCAUGGUGUAAGCAGAACACGUUGCAGAAGGGAAGGAAGCUUGAUGCCCUUUGACUGUUGCCUGUUCAUAUAUAUAUAUAUAUAUAUAUAUAUAUUUACAAUGUACUGUAUUGUGUGCCAUAUAGGAUUACAACCAAUUGCCAAGCAGUGAGAAAAUAAGUUGCCAGAAAGCUACACCAACUUAAAACUUAAAACAGCAUUUAUUAAAAUCUUGCAUUUGUACAGCAUGUUAUACAUUUAAUGUAUUGUUUUAUCGGAAUCAAUAACGUUU